CAUAGUAUGCAAACUUGACUGUUUACUUCAUUUGUGAUGAUGAUGUGAGACCGGAACCGUUAGCUAGCUAGCCUAGCUAAGGUAAUGGAGAACCGGUAAGAGAUGGAGGGAAAAACGUAUGUGAUGGGGGGACGUAGUGAUGGACCUCAUUUUACUUUUCAUUCGAAGACAGCUAUUUGUUUGUAUCUUGUAAAACAAACGUUAAUUUCUCAGUGACGGCGCUAACCUGUUAGCGUGCUAGGCUGCAGGUGAGACUUGCUUCAGUGGUUCUUAUUUCGGUGUGAUUUGAUAUGGCAGAUAGCAAAUUCAGCAACAGUCACCACCGCUGGGUUUACGUUAUAAUUUAUCCCUGGUGAAUAACAACACCAUUGUUGUUAACGGGACCGGGAUUUUAGAUUUAUUGGCGAUAUCGUCAAAAUUAGAUAGCUAACACUGCUGCUAGCAAAACUGUUUGGCCUGGAAUGGAGCCGGGCGACUUGCGAGAGAGCCCUGCCGGGUCCGGGGAGUCAGAUGCAGGGGACUGGAGGGAGGUUAUUCCCGGUGGAGAUGAGGAGGUCAAAGCUGCUGAAACCAGUGGAAACACACUAGAGACGGCGCUUAGGGACGCCUGCGAGGAAGGCGAAAGUGACAAACAAGUAUGCGUGGGAGAGCAAGUACACAGCCCCUACGAGGAAGAACUGGACCCCAGAAUCCAGGAAGAGUUGGAGCAUCUCAAUGAAGCCAGUGCAGAAAUCAACAGACUAGAACUGCAGUUGGAUGAUGCCAGAUCAGGAUACCGGAAGAUCCUCACAGAGUCUGCCAGGAAACUAAAUGCUCAGAGCUCUCAGCUUGGUGGUUGCAUAGAGAAAGCGAGACCCUACUAUGAAGCUCGUCGCCUCGCGAAAGAGGCACAGCAGGAGACCCAGAAGGCAGCUCUGAGCUAUGAGAGAGCUGUUUCUAUGCACACAGCUGCCAGGGAGAUGGUCUACGUCGCAGAGCAGGGCCUGAUGGCCGAUGGAAAGAACACACUGGAUCCCACCUGGCAGGAGAUGCUCAACCACGCCACUGCCAAGGUGAACGAAGCCGAGGAGGAGCGACUCCGCAGUGAGAGGGAGCACAUGCGCGUCACGCAUGCCUGUCAGGAGGCUGAGGCUCGGGUUCAGAUGCUACAAAAGUCCCUCAAGAGAGUCAUCGUGAAAUCCAAACCUUACUUUGAGCUCAAGUCCCAGUUCAAUCACAUACUGGAGGAGAACAAGGCCAAGGUGCUGGAGCUGGAACAGCAAGUAGCCAAAGUGAAGACUCGCUAUUCCAUCGCCCUACGAAACUUGGAACAAAUCAGCGAGCAGAUCCACGCUCAGAGGGGGAGGGACCAGGCCGAGGGAGAAUGCCCCACUGUCUGCGGUGGGCGGAGUCCCCCCGUUGGAGCUGAAUCUGACAACAGAGAUAAGAAAGAAGGAGGAGCCUGCAGCAGCAGUGCAAUGGGGUCAGAUCGAUUGGAUGCAGCUCUCGCCAUGGUGGAGAAAUACAAGGAGAAUGAGAAGGAGAGGGAGCGGUCAGGGUCGGAUUCCCUUUCGGUCUUCAGCCUGCAGACCAUCGCUUCCGACUUGGAGAAAUAUGACUCCGUUGAGCACCUCGGGGACCUCAGCGAUGUAGGGAGCGUAACUGGGGAUGAGGUGGAGAAAGAGCGAGGCAGAGCGAUCGAUCGCAGAGACAAGCUGACAGAAACAUCCGGCAAAGAGCGCCAGCUGCAGUUCUGCAAGCAGCACCACCGAAGCUUCAGUUUGUGAGGCUGUCAUUGAUGUAAUGGCUCUAAAUGUUGCAAAACUAAAAUGUGAGUUAUCAAAGAAAAAAAAUAAAUAAAUAAAGGGGGCAAACAUCCCUGACACAUAGGUACCAACCAAAGCCUGAGACAGUGAAACUGCAGCAAUGCAGUUGUAGGCGUAUGAUACUUGGUCUAAAUAAGCACACGUACGUUGACUGACAUUACUCUAAAACUGACACUGAUCAACAGUAAACACUGCAGCCCAGAUAGAACACUACUGCAAUAUAAAGAGCUUUCGACCCUCCAGGACAAGUAAACUGUAUAUUCACUCCCCAUGAUGGAUUCUGGGUAGAAUUUGUUCCUCGAGCAUGAAGGAACAGCCAUGAAAGAUCAAAAGCCCUGUUUGAACAGACAUAUUUAGAAAGGCAUCAUUACUUACUUUCCAAGGCUAAUCGUUGAUCUAAUUUGGUGAGACUGGUGCAAACAAAAACUCCUCCACUGUUUCCCCCGCCGUUGUGUCGAGACUUAACAGUAAUUGCUUCAAGGUUGUGUAUGGCAGGGUCCCUUCAUACACAUCCACAUCCACCCUCAUCAAGUUAGUGUGUAGGGAAAAAUGAUAAAAACGUUCUCUGUCCGUGCAGGGUGAAAGCAUGCUUGAAUACCCAUGUCAUAUAUUUAUUUGCAGUAAAAUGCUGCAGAUAUUGCUUUUUAUUAUCGUCGGCACGAGAAUGCGUUUUUUGAAAAUUCCUGAAAUGAUAGAAUGAACGGAGUCUUAAUAUUAUUAAAAACUCCAUCCGAGUCUUUCCCCUCUGACAGCAUGCACUCCUAGUUGGCUAUUUAAACUGAUAUUUAUGACGUAUUCAGACCUGUUUGCUGAAACAAACACUGACACUAGCUAAGACAAAAGCUAAGAUGAAGCUCAGCCAUGUUUUCCUUUUUCAUGUUGUUAUGCUGCAGUCUUAUGAUACAAAAGCCUUUCCCAAAUGUGUAUUUGGAUAUUGUUUACAUGUGUAUAAGUGGAUUUUUCUUUGGCAGCAAAUGGAGUUCCCCUUUGGUUUGCCUUUUUUUUAAAAAAACAAAAAAAAACAAAAAACCAAAACAAACAAAAACAAAACAAGAUUGCCCUUGUAAUUUGAAGCGUGCCUUGACACAGAACAAUUAACAAAUUUAGCACGAGUAGUACUUUGUUAUAAAUUCAUCUGUAGUUCUGUUUAGAACAAUUUAAAGAACAAAUAUGUGCCCUUUUUAUGAUUUUUAAAAAUGUGCUCCCAGGCACCGUUUCCGACUUGAGUUCUGAUUGAUUUUUUUUUGUUUUGAUUUCCGUAUUUUCUUUUACGAUGGUGUACUUUGAUUGUCAAAGUGUAAGAUGCAAAACAAUGAAGUCAAGAAAGGACUUGUAAAUGUAUGUAAUUAUUACAAAGCUGGAAAAUAUUGACCUGUACAGUUAACAUGUGUUGCUGAUUUGAAUAUGUGUUGUACAGAUGUUCUGCAUACCCACCGUAUGUAUUUAAAUCAUUAUUGUUGCCAUUCAUCUGAAACAGCCCACGUUCACUUCUGUCUUAAUGAUUAGUCUUCACCCUUUUAACGGCAUUUGUGAAUUAGUCAAAUGUCACUCGCUGUUUGCAGUUUAUGCAUUGUCAUGUGUAUAAUCAAUAAACCAGAUCAUAGUC